AUGGAUUGUGAGAAUGGAACAGAAAUCAAAGAUUUUGUUCUUCUGGAUUUUUCUACCAAGCAUAGAAACUGGUUCCUCUACUUUCUCCUCUUAUUGUUCAUGUACAGUGCUGGACUUCUGGGCAAUGUUAUAAUGUUUCUUCUAAUCACCUUGGAUGUGCGACUCCAGACCCCCAUGUAUUUCCUGUUCCGUAGCCUUUCAGUCAUUGAUGUUGGCUUCAUCUCAGUCACAAUGCCACGAAUGUUGGUUUGCCUGAUAACUAGUUCCAGGACCAUCCCCUUCUAUUCCUGUAUGGCCCAGUUCUUCUUCCUCUAUGUAUUUGGCGUCACUGAUCUCCUUCUCGUGAGUGUCAUGGCCCUGGAUCGCUAUGUAGCUAUUUGUAACCCUCUCCACUAUGUCUCAAUCAUGAACCAAAAGGUUUGUGGGCAUUUAGUGGCUGGGUGUUGUAUCGUUUCUACCUUACAUGCCAUGCUGCAUGCCGGCCUGCUCCUGCGUCUCAGUUAUCGAGGGGAAAAUCACCUGGCCCAUUACUUUUGUGAUCAUCAGCCCUUGCUGCAGCUGUCCUGCUCAGAUACCAGUGUCAAUGAGGUGGUCAUCUUCUUUGAAGGUGGAAUCAUCACUUUUGGGCCUUUAGUUUUCAUCAUUCUCACCUACAUUCAUAUUGUAGCAACUAUAAUGAAGUUCACUUCUUCAGGGAGGCGCAAAGCCUUUUCUACCUGUGGGUCCCAUCUCACUCUGGUGGUUCUUUUUUAUGGGGCCAUCAUUGCUGUCUAUUUCUCACCCACCUCAAAGUAUUCUUCAGAGCCAAGUUUUGCUCUACUGUAUACAGUCGUCACCCCAAUGUGCAAUCCCUAUAUCUACAGCCUCAGGAAUAAAGAAGUGAAAGGCGCAAUGAGAAAUCUCUUGAGAAAGGGAUCCUUGUUUCCUCCAAAAUGA